CUGCUGCUGCGAGACGCAGAGAGAGGAGCAUCUCGCUUACGAGAGAGAGAGAGAGAGGGGAGGUUGCGGCGGCGAAUGAUUGGGGCGCAUGUGUGGGACAACCAGAUCCUAGCUGCUCAUCGCCAUACAAAUCCCUCCCCCUCCUCCUCCUCCCCCAAUUCCAUCGCUGUCUGUCCCCCCAAUCAUCCAUCGCCGUCUCCCGAUUCAUCUGCUGCUUGCUGUUCGCUGCUGGUGGGGGAGAGAUCCGUCUUCUCUUCGCCGCCCGGUUGAUUUGUUCUUCUUUUUUUUUGCUGCGGCGCUGCGGGUUUCGUCAGCAGCAAUUGAAGCAAAAAAGAAAGAAGGGGGGAAGAUUCGCAGUUCAUAUGGCAAAGCUCCCAAAUAGCAUUGGCCGUAGCGCACCAAGAUCAAAUGAGGGAAUGAGGCUCAUAUUUUCAGCAGUUGUUGGUGUUAUGUUGGGAUACUUGUUUGGCGUUUCUUUCCCCACGGUAAACAUAACCAAGCUUCACUUCCCUUCUAGUAUUAUCUCCUAUAUAGAAGAUAGAAACUCCGGCAUCACAACCCAGACAUUGUUAAAUCAUGCGUGGGCAUCUGCAAAUCGUCAUAAGAAAAACAAUUCUGAUUCAAGCGCCGAAAAAAUUCCUAAGAUUUAUGUUCCUACAAACCCUAAAGGUGCUGAAAGGCUUCCACCAGGCAUUGUUGUUUCCGAGACAGAUCUUUAUCCACGGAGAUUGUGGGGUGAUCCUAGUGAGGACCUGAACAGCGAACCACGGUACCUUGUUACUUUUACUGUUGGAAUUUCACAAAAGGCCAAUAUUGAUGCUGCUGUCAAAAAGUUUUCAGAUAAAUUCACUAUUAUGCUAUUCCACUAUGAUGGACGGACUACUGAAUGGGAUGAAUUUGAGUGGUCUAAAAGAGCUAUCCAUAUCAGUGUCAGGAAGCAGACUAAGUGGUGGUAUGCAAAACGUUUUUUGCAUCCUGAUGUUGUUGCCCGAUACGACUACAUAUUCAUCUGGGAUGAAGAUCUAGGUGUUGAGCAUUUCAAUGCAGAGGCGUAUAUCGGACUUGUUAGGAAGCAUGGGCUAGACAUCUCGCAGCCUGGUUUGCAACCUGAUAAAGGACUAACAUGGCAAAUGACAAAACGGCGAGGUGAUCAAGAAGUUCACAAAGUAACUGAAGAGAGGCCAGGCUGGUGCACUGAUCCCCAUCUGCCACCAUGUGCAGCAUUUGUUGAAAUCAUGGCAACCGUGUUCUCUAGGGAUGCAUGGCGCUGCGUAUGGCAUAUGAUUCAGAAUGACUUGGUCCAUGGAUGGGGUCUUGAUUUUGCUCUAAGGAAAUGCGUGGAGCCUGCACAUGAGAAGAUUGGAGUUGUUGAUGCUCAAUGGAUUGUUCAUCAAGCUGUGCCAUCACUUGGAAACCAGGGCAACGCAGAGAAUGGAAAAGCUCCAUGGGAAGGGGUAAGAGCACGCUGUAGGAAAGAAUGGGAAAUCUUUCAAACGAGAUUGGCCGAUGCUGAGAAGGCAUACUACAUAUCACAAGGAAUCACACCCCCCAAUUCCACCCUAGUUUAGAAGAAUACACGCACCUCACUUGUGAUGGCAAGGUUUCUGUUUGGGCAGCCUGGUCCUUGCGUAUCAUUCAGUAUAGAGCUGCAGUUCCUUGACCAGAUUUGUACAUGGAAGCCCCGUGGACCACGAGUAUUGCUCCAAGCCUUGCUUCAGUUGGUUCUAGUCUCAUUUUAUUUUUGGGUAGUGUGACUAGCUGCGAUGUAAGUAGGCGCUGUAGCAUGGAUUCUGAGGUCGUCGAGCACUUUGUUUAUACUAUCUGUUGUAUUGUUGACUGGAUGCAACGUUGGCGUUGCAUUGAUUACCACUUCUCGUUUCAUCAUGUAAAUUAUUCAACUUGUCUUACUAUUUUUUCGAGUUAAGGUCGAGCA